GGCCUGUGGUGGCCUAGCGGGGUCGCGCCAUGCAGCGCGAUGUGGGGAGUCUUCCGCUGGCGCCUGCGGUGCGCGCUCGGCUCGUGAGCGCCGGCUUCCAGACGGUGCAGGAGCUGCUGGAGACCGGCCCCUGCGGGCUGAGCAAAGAAAUUGGAAUCUCCAAUGAGGAGGCCCUGGAAGUGUUACAGGUUGUGAGGCAGGAAUGUCAUGGGGAUGCAGCAAGGACCGCUGCAAGAUCAGGUGCCUCCCGAAAGUGCACAGCCCUGGAACUUCUGGAAGAAGAGCAAGCCCAGGGCUUCAUCAUCACCUUUUGUUCAGCACUAGACAAUAUUCUAGGAGGUGGUGUGCAGCUAACCAAAAUCACCGAGGUCUGUGGAGCGCCUGGUGUUGGGAAAACACAGCUAUGUAUGCAGUUGGCAGUAGAUGUACAGAUCCCAGAAUGCUUUGGAGGUGUAGCUGGAGAAGCCGUGUUCAUUGAUACCGAAGGAAGUUUUAUAGUAGACAGAGUAGUGGAUAUUGCAGCUGCCUGUGUGCAGCAUUGCCACCUUAUUGCUGAAGCUCAUCAAGAAGAAGAUCAUCUAAAAGCUUUGGAGACUUUCUCUGUUGAAAGUAUCCUUUCUCACAUAUAUUACUUCCGUUGCCAUGACUACAUAGAGCUUCUUGCACAGGUCUACCUCCUCCCAGACUUUCUUUCGGAGCACUCAAAGGUCCGACUGGUGGUAGUUGAUGGAAUUGCAUUUCCUUUUCGCCAUGAGUUUGAAGACCUCUCACUUCGGACAAGGCUCUUGAAUGGUCUGGCGCAGCAGCUGAUCAUCAUAGCAAAUGAUCAUAAGUCAGCGGUAGUUCUGACAAACCAAAUGACAACAAGGAUUGGACAGAGCCAGUCCACAUUGGUACCUGCUUUAGGAGAAAGCUGGGGACAUGCUGCUACUGUCCGUUUAAUCUUUCACUGGGACAACAGUCAGAGGCUGGCAACAUUGUACAAAUCACCGAGUCAGAAGGAGUCAACUAUACCGUAUCACAUCACAGUAGUACACUAUUAUUUCCUUAGUGGCUCUUCUCUGCAUCUUCCAGUCUCAUGGCUUCCGAGACGUGCAGCCUCCAGCUGUCACUCAAAAUGCAGAAGGUGCUGAAAUGAACCCUCGCAAACGGCCACGGAGAGAAGAGGAAAAGUAAUUGAGAUUCAAAAGUUGAAUGUUAAAAAAUGUGUGCUACAGAACAGUUGCAUAGUCAACGUGCAACCAAAGGUAGCCUGAGACUCUAACUUAAAUUCCUGCUCUGGAUGUUAUUUUAACAUUUGUGUGGCAGAAAAUUCCUUUGUGUAUGGCAUAAUUUUAUAAUAAAAAUUCUAUGUUUUCUAUAACAA